GCGGGCCUCAUGUCGGGCCUCACUUUGGGCCUCAUGUCUCUCACCUUAGUCGACCUCGAGGUCCUCGCCAAGUCCGGCUCUCCCAACGAUCGAAAGCAUGCCGAAAAGAUAUUGCCGGUUGUUAAGAAUCAGCAUUUGUUGCUUUGCACACUGCUAAUAUGCAAUGCUGCUGCAAUGGAGGCUCUUCCUAUUUUCCUCGACAGUCUCAUCUCAGCUUUGGGGGCAAUCCUGAUAUCUGUGACGUUGGUACUUCUGUUUGGUGAGAUAAUCCCACAGUCUGUUUGUUCCAGACAUGGCCUAGCUAUUGGUGCGACUGUGGCCCCAGUGGUUCGUGUCCUUGUCUGGAUCUGUUUUCCAGUUGCAUAUCCUAUAAGCAAGUUGUUGGAUGCACUACUUGGCCAUCGACAUAAAGCUCUAUUUCGUCGUGCUGAGUUGAAAACUCUAGUCAAUUUACAUGGAAAUGAGGCUGGUAAAGGUGGAGAGCUCACACAUGAUGAGACGACCAUAAUUGCAGGGGCAUUAGAGCUCAGAGACAAAACAGCAAGUGAUGCAAUGACGCCUAUAUCUGAAAUCUUUUCUAUUGAUAUUAAUGCGAAGCUCGACAGGGUUUUAAUGAAUCUAAUUUUGGAGAAAGGACACAGCAGAGUCCCUGUUUACUACGAGCAACCUACAUAUGUCAUCGGGCUUAUUCUGGCGAAAAACUUGCUGACGAUUCAUCCUGAGGAUGAAGUCCCAGUGAAAAGUGUCACAAUUCGCAGAAUUCCAAGGGUGCCAGAAACUAUGCCAUUAUAUGACAUCUUGAAUGAAUUCCAGAAGGGACAUAGUCACAUGGCUGUCGUUGUGAGGCAAUGUAACAAGGUUGUGGACAAACCUCCUAGCACGGAUUCUGCAGGAGUCAAAGAUGUGAGAGUCGACAUUGAUGGUUCAUCGCAUAAAAAUGUUAACCCGAGGAUACCUCUGCAGAAAUGGAAGAGUUUCACAAACACAGGAAGCAAUUCCUCCAAGGGUACACCUAGGAGCAAGAAGUGGACAAAAAAAAUGGACUCUGAUAUCCUGCAAAUAGAUGAAAAUCCGCUCCCAACGCUACCUGAACAUGAAGAGGCGGUUGGGAUAAUAACCAUGGAAGACGUCAUCGAAGAGCUCUUACAGGAAGAGAUAUUCGACGAAACAGAUCACCAUCUUGAAGAUUCAUGACAUAUCAUAUGUAGACGUGGAAUAAUAAUAGGUGCAGAUUACAGUUGAAGAGGAAAGUAACAGUUUCAUAUUGAGCUGUUUACAAGAAUGAGUCAACAAGUUAUGUUUGUGUGUGUGUGUUGGAAAUUCAUUUAUUAAUUUCUACCAACUUCUUCUAAGCAUAUGUUUGGUCUCGA